CUGAGGAGGUUUCUCUGCAGUUUUUCCUCCUUUACAUUCUCUCUCUCUCUCUCUCUCUCUCUCUCUCUCUAUCGCUCUCUCUACAAACGCUUAUACAGACACUCUUCUUCUCCUCCGAUAUUAUUAUUAUUUUUUCUCUUUCAUUUCUUGAUCACUUUCUUGCAUUUUCUCGGCGAUUUUCUUUUCCGCCAACCACUAUCAAUCGCCGUCCCGCCGCUUCGGAAUCCUCUGGAUCGCCUGAGAUUCUAUCUCCACGGGACCGAUUUCACUCUCUACUGAUAAAUAUAUGCAGUGGUGUCUUGUGAGCUCGUUGGUUUUAUUUUCUGGGCGUGUAGAUGCCAAUUGCAAAACUUAAGGCCUCUAAUACUCCAGAUGCAAUGAAAUCAGAGGAUGGAAAUGAUUCUCUUGAUACCAUCAUCAGACAAGCGAUUGGAAAAGAGCCAUUUCUUUCUUUCUCCAGGGCUGGGGACAGCCCUGUCCAGUGGAUUCAAUUACUCCAUGCUUUAGAUCAGCAAGAACUCCCAGGUUGGCCCUUGCUUUCUCCCUUGAAGGUGCAGAUGCAGAAGUGCGACAAAUGUUCACUAGAAUUUUGUUCUGCCAUCAACUAUAGAAGACAUAUACGUGUGCACCAUCGUUUGAAAAAGCUUGAUAAGGAUUCUGCUAAAAAUAGGGAUAUCUUAGGGGCAUUUUGGGACAAACUCUCUCUAGAAGAUGCAAAAGAAGUUGUAUCAUUCAAGAAUGUAACUUUGGAGGAAGUUCCAGGCUCAACACUAAUUAAGGCAUUGACAACGCUUAUUCGGAAACCAGGAUUUUCAUCGCUUCCACAUGUUUAUUUGAAGGCUGGUUCUGCUCUUUUGGACAUAGUACAAGCUAGACCUUCUAGGUUUCCAAUAUCUUCCAAGGAGCUAUUUUCAAUCCUUGAUGAUGCAAGUGAGAGAACAUUUCUAUCUGGGCCAGCUGUAUUGAUGCAAAGAUAUGUCUUUGAUGGGGAGGCUGGGAAGAUAGCUCUUGAAACGAAAAACCUGGUUGCUUGCAUCAGCUUUUUAGUGGAGCAGAAAUUGGUCAAAGCAUGGCUUGCUGAUAAAGAUGCUGAAGCUUUGAUGUUCCAGAAAUUACUAGUGGAGGAAGAAGAAGCAGCUCAGAAAAGGCAAGCCGAGCUCUUGGAAAGGAAAAGGCAGAAGAAACUCAGGCAGAAAGAGCAAAAGACGAAGGAGCAGAGACGUGGGGAGAAGGCAGAUGAUAAAGAGAGCAUUGAUGAAGUACCAGAGGCAAUGCCACUAGCAGAAACUUCUAACCCUUCAAUGGCAUGUGAUUUUCGAACACCCAUUCCAGACAUGUUACAUCAUGUUGCCCUGUCUAAUGUUGAGAGCUUGAACACCGACGAAAAUGUGGACCCUGAAUCUCAACCAGGAUUUGGGUGUGGACAAAGUGAUUCAAGCACUGGUCCAAAUGGUGGAAGAAGGAUUGUGCAAGGAAGUAGUCGACGACAUCCUGUUUCUCGGUGGCAGGCAUUGCCAAAGUCACAACGCCGUGUGCUGAAUAGUAUUCAUGCCGGUGAGACUUUCCAUGCACCAAAGCUUGGAGCCAUUCAAAAUCGUGGAACCCAUAGGGACUUGAGGACUGCUAGAGUAUGGAGCCGGAAGCCCAAACCAGAAUACGAUGGGGAGAAUUUGAAAGCCAGAGUAGAGAAGGAGGUGUUAAAUGAACCAGAUCAAAUCAAGAAUCACGAAGUUUUGAUUGGUUCUAUAUCUGUCACGCUUGGAAAUUGUAGUGAAGAGGGUAACAUUCCAUCUGGAGCUUGUGAUGAUUGCAUGAUUGAGCAUCAAAUACCAAAAAGCAAUGUUCAGGAUAAACCCCAGAGACCUAAUUCAGCUCAAAGUGGCAUGAGCAGCUCUAAAGUUAAGCUUUGGAGGCAAGUAAGCCGGCCUGGAAACAAAGGUCCAAUUCCGGUACAUAAUGAUAGUAGGGAAUCUGAAUGUGAUGCGACUGCUGAAAAAGGUCAUAGUGAAACCCUGUCCAGUGAAAGUUGUGAAAGAUUGAGUGCGAUGGAUGCUUAUAAUGGGAGCAUUGCAAACGGUUUCAUGUGCCCCGAUGAAACUGGAAACUCAGCAUUUUCCGUUCAGGAGGCAAAAGCUUUUCUUGCAGAGAGAUGGAAGGAAGCUAUUGCAGCAGACCAUGUCCGAUUGGUUCUAGGUUCGGAUUUGGAACCUUCGGACUGCUUGGAAAUUCAAACUGAUUCUGAAGAAGCAGUAUCUCAGUCAUCAAAAAUUCACAAACGCAGCAUUGCCGGCAACGAAGAGAAUCGGCUGUUGAAAGUAGAGACUAUCGAGUCUCCAAUUCCUGGACCUGCUAAAGCAAGGUUUAGGACAAAGCCUGAAAAGGGUGUGAAGAUUUAUAUUCCCAAACAAAAAACUAAUGGGUAGCAAGGAGGAAAGAUAUGUCAUUUUUUUUUUCUUUUUUUAUACAAUUGUCAGAGUUCAACCGUCGUUAUAUUCUUAUCAGAGGUUCCAGUUUUACCGAUGGUCUUCUGUCAGAAAAUCGAAGAAAGGUUUUGCCGGAAAAUCUUUUAAUAAUAGUUCCGUCCUUUUUCUUCUGGUGUUAUAGUAGAUUGGUUAGUGAGGAAUUUUUUUUUUUUCUUGGUUUCAUUCCUUUUUCUUUUUUCUUUUUUUAAUUGGCAUAAUUGUCUAAAAUUUUUCUGUAAUAAAUUUGUUGUUUAGUCGUUGCAAA